AUGGAUUUAGCAAUAAGAAUAAGGACAAGCUCAGGUCACACCCACAAGGGGACAAGACCGCCACCCUUGAAAGGAGAUUCGGACAAAAGGGAUACUAGCAAAUACUGUGCCUUCCGUGGGACGCAUGUACACACUACGAACAACUGCUUUGCUUUGAAAGCACACCUUGAAGAACUCGUGAGAGAAGGUCACUGCACGGAAUUCAUUGCGAAGCAAGCCAUCCAGCGAAUUGAAGAUCGUGACAUCGCCAAGGAGCCGCCUCAAAAGGUCAUAAGGAUUAACACAAUCCUAGCUGACUCUAAGGAAUCUGGGCUGACCAGAAAUGAAAAGAAAAGGAAGAUCAAACAGGCGACUAUGAUCUCCCAAGUCUCGACCAACCUUUCGCUAGCAGAAGACGAUCCUGUAAUCGGCUUCCAAAAGAAAGAUCUGAUCGGCCUCAACGUGCCACAUAACGACGCCUUUGUCAUCAGCAUUCAAAUUGCUCAAGCCAUGGUCGACUGA